CUGCCUGUCAGACAAAGCGGAGGGGUAAAAUCCCACGCGGUUCUCAUAUUGACGGACGUAGCGAGACCCUGCAGGCUGCAGCAUGGCCGAGGAAGGCGAAAAGAAACCGGUGCUUGAAAUGGUCCAGGCGGACGGCGCCGACGACGGCUGCGUGACCUUCGUGAUGCACAACGAGGACCACACCCUGGGCAACGCCCUCCGAUACAUGAUCAUGAAGAACCCGGACGUGGAGUUCUGCGGCUACACCAUCACCCAUCCGUCUGAGAGCAAGAUCAACUUUCGCAUCCAGACACGAGGAGGGAUUCCAGCUGUGGAGCCGCUACAGAACGGCCUCAAUGAGCUCCAUGAAGUUUGUCAGCAUGUUCUCAACACAUUUCAGGCAAGAGUGAAUGAGUUCAAAGAAGCGCAGGAGAAACCUAUGGAAUAAAGAUCCCAACGGAAAACGGAAAGAUUCAGCUUUAUUCGACAAGAACUCUUACACUCUCAAAAGUCUGACAAGCGUCAGCUUUAAAUACUUGUACAGUUUUUUUUAUUGUUUUGUUCGAUGCUCUAAGUGAUUUAUAAUGUGUGAUAAACCGGUAUCAGUGUUGCGUUCUGUUACCGUGCUGCCUGAUUAACAAGUAAAAAUAUUUUUAAGCGUAAAA